CGCGCAGUGAGCACGAGAGACUUGGUGUUAAUAGUAAGUGCGCGAGGAGGAGACAAGUCGGAGUUUAAACCGGAUUACACCCAUUCUGAGUAUCGUAAGGACUAAAUCACAGGGAAGGAGAAGGAGAUUUGGUCAUGCGUAAGGCAGGGCAGAGGAGUCCACAUGAGCGAGGAGGAAAAGGGAGGAAGAAGGAUGGAGGCGGUGAUGGCUUCAGCCCCAGGUCCCACCACAAGGCUCCGGACGGGGGUCUCACGGUCCCCGGUGACGUAGGCAGCGGCCCCCUGCCGGUGCAGCCGUACCCCACCGAGGACGUCCCGAGGAUGGGUCUGUCCAGAGGAGUGUCCGUGUCUCUCCCGUCCUCUCCCAUGCUGCCCCCCCGACAGCCCUACAUGUUGCCCCUCAGACCCAGCAUCAAGUCCACAGGUUCUGUCAGGAAGCCCAAGCAUGCGGAGAGCUCGCGUAUCCCCGUGGACGCGCUCAGCUGGUGCCUGAGGAGCGACGAGUACUCCGAUCCUGUCUUGCCAGAUAAGUCUGGCUCCUCCCCUGCUGCUCAGGAACUGAUGACACGGCUGGGUUUCCUUCUGGGAGACGCCAUCCCCGCCUCAUCGCACACCACCAUGGAGGAGAGAAACCAGUGUACGGUCAGUAGUCAGGGCGCGAGCCCGUGUUCCACGCUGACCGACAGCACGGCGUCUCCCAGCACCGAGAGCCCGCGUUCCAGUCUGGCGCUCAGCUCGGGUUCGGCAGAGAGGCCGCCGCCGCCACCGCCGCCGUGUUGCUCCGGACCCUGCGGCGGCACCGUGACCACCAUCACCACCAUCACCACCCCGAGCUCCACGCUGGAGAGCAAGGACAGCGGCAUCAUUGCCACUGUGACCAGUUCAAGUGAGAAUGAGGAGCGAUGUGGAUCUAGUCUGGAGUGGGCCAAAGAUAGUGGCGGAGGCGGUGGUGGUGGUGGUGGAGGUGGUGGUGGUGGUGGUGGGAUGGUCAGAGACAGCAUGCAUCACGUGCAUACAUCACCUGCAGCUCCUGUCCCUGUUGGAGACGCCUCAGGUCCCAGUGAAGCCCCGUCCCAGUCCCGGGCUGCCACGACUGCCCCGGCUGCCCCGGCACCCUCAGAAGGACUCACCCCAUACCACAGCACCUCACUUGUCAUGCCAAGGCCCAACUCAGUGGCAGCCACCAGCAGCACUAAGCUGGAGGAACUGGUGUAUCUGGACGAGCAGCGGAAUGCCCCCAUGCGUUCUUCCCUGCGUGGGCCGUGGCACGGAGCUCACACCAGCGGCCGCAACCAAGAGAGCAAAGCUCGAUUCGCGCCGUACAAACCGGCGGACAUCAUGCUCAAGCCCUUGCUCUUCGAGAUUCCUAGCGUUAGUGGCACGGACGCCGCGUUCGUAGGCCGCGAGUGGCUGUUCCAGCGCCUGGAGGAGGUCCUGAUGGGCGAAGGGGAGGCGGGACCGGGACGCGGUGCGGUCGUAGUCGGCAGCGUGGGUUUCGGAAAGACGGCGGUCGUCUCCAGACUCGUGGCUCUGAGUUGUCACGGCAGCCGGAUGAGACAGAUCGCUUCCAACAGCCCCGGAGCUUCGCCCAAGAGUGGAGGUAGAGGAAGUGACCACUCUAGCCACGGCAGCCAGCUGAACCCGCCGUCUCAGAGCCCCCACCGCAGCAGCAGCUGCCCUCCGACCCCCGACACACACCGGCACAGAGAGGAGGCCGUCAAGCGUCUAGCCAGCAAGGUCGUGGCGUAUCAUUACUGCCAGGCUGACAACACGUACACGUGCCUGGUGCCCGAGUUCGUGCACAGCGUCUCGGCGCUGCUGUGUCGCGCUCCCCGGCUCGGCACCUACAGAGAAAUGCUGAUGAGGGAGAAUCAGCUGCAGAGUCUGCUCAGCCUGCGCUCGUGCGUGCAGGACCCGGUCGCCGCCUUCCGACGGGGCGUCCUCGAGCCUCUCGUCGUCCUACGCAAGGAGAGGAAGAUCGCGGAGGACGACUACAUCAUCCUGGUGGACGGUCUGAACGAGGCGGAGUUCCACAAGCCCGACUACGGAGACACGAUCGCCUCCUUCAUCGCCAAGAUCAUCCCCAGGUUCCCCGUCUGGCUCAAACUGGUCGUCACGGUCAGGGUGAGCCUGGUGGACGUCACCAGCCUGCUGCCUUUCCCCGUCGUCUCUCUGGACGACAUCCAUGACAAGCCCGUCUCUGCAGACUUGCACGCGUACGUCCAGCACCGCGUUGAGCACAGCGCCUCCAUCCUAAGCAACGUCACCGCCAACGGCAAGGCCGAGCCGGCGGCCAGCUCCAAGCUCGGCUCUCACCUGGUGAGCCGCAGUCAGGGCUCCUAUCUGUACCUGAAGCUCGUUUUGGACCUGCUGGAGAAGGGCCACCUGGUGAUCAAGAGCUCCGGCUACAAGGCGCUGCCCGUGUCGCUGACCGAACUCUACCUGUUCCAGUGCAACAUCAUGUUCCCGACGGCGGCGGCGUUCGAGCGUGCGCUCCCCGUCCUGAACGUCGCGCUGGCCUCGCUGCACCCGCUGACCGACGAGCAGCUGUUCCGCGCGCUCAACGCCGGCUGCCUGAAAGGCACGCUCGAAUGGAGCGACUUCCAGCAGCGCAUGGAGGCGCUCUCCUGCUUCCUAAUCGGCCGGCGCGACAGGACGCGCAUGUUCUGCCACCCGUCCUUCAGGGAGUGGCUGGUCUGGAGGGCGGAUGGAGAGAGCACCGACUUCCUGUGCGAUCCGAGGAGCGGACACGCCCUGAUGGCCUUCAUGCUCUCUCGGCAAGAAGGGAAGCUGAACAGGCAGCAGACCAUGGAGCUGGGUCACCACAUCCUCAAAGCACACAUAUUCAAGGGACUCAGUAAGAGGACGGGCGUGUCCUCCAGCGUCCUCCAGGCCCUGUGGGUCAGUUACAGUACAGACAGCCUGACUGUCGCUCUGUCCUCCCUCAGAAAUCUCUACACACCCAACGUCAAGGUGUCUCGGCUGCUGAUCCUGGGUGGAGCGAGCGUGUGUCACCGCACCGAGGUGCUCAACAGCGCCCCCGUGCUGUGCGUACAGUCUCACUUGGGUCAUCUGGAGAUGGUGGCUCUCCUGCUCGAGUUCGGGGCUCCAGUGGACGCAGCGUCGGAGAACGCCAUGACGCCGUUGUGUUACGCGGCGGCCGCCGGACACCUGAGCGUCGUCAACCUUCUCUGCAGAAAGGGGGCAAAGGUGGAUCACGUGGAUAAGAGCGGACAGUGCGCAGCGGUUCACGCCGCUCUGAGGGGUCACGCUGAAAUCCUGCAAUAUCUGCUGGAACAGGACUGGAGCUCAGAGCCUGCGCAGCCUGAGCAGAGCCUCAAGGGCAGAGUGGUGCAGCAAGCCUUCAUCGCCGCCUCCAGCAUGGGGCAUGUCCAGGUGCUGAAGACCUUGCUGGCUCUGAAUAAGACCGAGCUCACGGUGCAGAUCGACGGCCAGGACGCACUAUGGGGAGAGACAGCUCUGAGUGCCGCUGCUGGCCGGGGCAGACUGGACGAGUGUGUGUUCCUGCUGGAACAGGGGGCCGCUAUAGCUCAGCCGAACCGCAGGGGCGUGACUCCCGUUUACACUGCUGUGAAACACGGACACACACAGGUGGUGGAGCUGCUGCUGCAGCGCGGCGCCGAGGUGGAGACCUCUGACAAGCACAGCCGCACGCUGCUAAUGAUCGCCGCCAGCGAGGGUCACGUGACCACCGUGGACUUCCUGCUCUCGCAGGGAGCGAGUCUGACUGCAGGGGAUAAGGAGGGCCUGACGCCGCUGAGCUGGGCGUGUCUGAAGGGGCAGAAGGGCGCGGUGGAGCUGCUGGUGGAGAGAGGAGCGCAGAUCGAUCACUCCGAUAAGAACGGACGCACUCCGCUCGACCUCGCCGCCUUCUACGGAGACGCCGACAUCGUGCACUACCUGGUGGAGCGCGGCGCUGUGAUCGAGCACACGGACUACAGCGGCAUGCGGCCCCUCGACCGCGCCAUCGGCAGCCGCAACACUUCAGUCGUCGUCACUCUGCUGAAAAAAGGGGCCAAACUGGGGUACCGCACGUCUCCCUAUGAUCGAUCAGGAAACGCUGCCUGGGCCAUGGCCACCUCUAAGCCGGACAUCCUCCUCAUCCUGCUGCAGAAGUUGAUGGAGGAAGGCAACCUGCUCUACAAGAAAGGGAAGAUGAAGGAAGCAGCUCAGAGGUACCAGUACGCGCUCCGCAAGUUUCCGAGGGAAGGGUUUGGGGAAGACCUGAAGGCCUUUCGAGAACUCCGGGUCUCGCUCUACCUCAACCUGUCCCGCUGCCGCCGCAAAACCAACGACUUUGGCAUGGCAGAAGAAUUUGCCACUAAGGCUCUGGAACUGAAGCCGAGGUCAUAUGAAGCUUUUUACGCUCGUGCUCGAGCCAAGAGAAGCAGCAGGCAGUUUGCAGCAGCGCUGUCCGAUCUGUACGAGGCGGCGCGUCUGUGUCCCAGUAACCGCGAGAUCAGACGCCUGCUGUCCCGUGUAGAAGAGGAGUGCCAUCAGCGCCCCGGUGGGAAACACUCGUCAUCUCACGCUCAUCCUUCGCAGCACGAAGAGGAGGAUGACGACGAUGACGAGGAUGAGGAUGACGAGGAGGAGGAAGAGGAAGCCGUGUCGGUCCGAGCGCAUCACAAAGGCUCUGAGAGUCUCGGGAUAAAACUGGCGCAGGUGGAGGAGGGAGACGAGGAGAGGACGAGUAAAGAAGAGAAAAGGAAGGAGAACUGGCAGCAGAGCCGGACUCUGCCCGACUCUCUGGGCCUGGCGCUGUCGGGCACUCAGCCGUUCUCUCCCUCGGCACACAGACGCAGCGGGUCCAGACAGGCUCAGAGCGUAAAGAGCCGCGAGAACCACAGCCACCACAGGGCCUGCCUGCACACCAGGGAGCCGCUCAGAGACACCCAAGGAGGCACGGGUCACCUGAGCCAUCUGGACACCAUGCCCCUGGCACCAGAGGGUGCUCCCGAGUGCAGGUCCGAGUUCAGCCGUAGCAGCAGCAUGCGGGUCUCCAGCUCCUCCGGCAGCCUGGCUUUCAGCGGCAUGCACGCGGAGCGCAACCGCAGCUCGGUCAGCAACGAGAAUACCGCCUCUGUCUCAGACAUGGCCGGCAGGCAACUCGAGCACAAACCACGCCCUUUCAUGGGCAUCACGGACAAGACGGCGCGCUUCCACCAGCAACCCCCGCAAACCCUGCACAGUCACAGCUGGCAGGGUCUCGGCGCGGAGGAACUGGUGCCCUGCGACCACCAGUACCCUAAAACGGGAAGCGCCGGCUACCAGGAAGCCUUCCAUAACGGCACGCACGCGGGAGAGCUUCACUCGGCGAAGCAGCACAAGCAGGCCAACCUGGCGCGGGACAACCCCAUCCUCAUCAGCUCCAUCAAACCCAAGCGCUCCUUCAUCGAGUCCAACGUGUAGCGGCGCGUUACCAGACCGCCCUGCAAAGCACAAACUCCACGUUACGCCGGUUAGUCGCUAAAAAAAACGUGCUUCGCUUUCACUUACCUCCACGGCGUAGAAAUAAAUACGGCUUUAUUCAGGACCGACUACCGAUAGAAACGUACUGUACUGUACUGUGUACUGUAAUAAUUAUCCUACAUUUAAGCAAAGGGGUUACUGUAGGGAGAACGGGGUAUAGGCGGGGGGCAAUUAACAAUUUAAAGCCGCGAUCAGGAAGUGCGGAAAGACCAUCGCGCUAAACACGGUAAGUAAGAGAUGAUAACUAGAUGAUUUUUAGCAUCUGCGAGAUCUCAAACGAGUCUAACCUAACGCCUAGAGCACUGUUUAUUCCUGACUGAAGUGUGUGUGUGUGUGCGCGCGCGCGUGUGAGGUUGUACAGCGCAUUUCCUUAUAAUCCUAUUUACUUGCUAAUUCAUUGAUCAAUUAAUUAAUUUAUUUACGGCUUCUACGGCUUAGUUUAUCGGUUAAAACCUUUUGUAUUGUUAUUUUUGCACAGCUUUAUCUCUCUCUAUAUAUAAAUACAUCUAUCUAUUACUUCAGAAUCGUAAUAAAUCAAAGCUUUGUCAAGACUUCAGGUUCACGCACAGCCCAGUGCAAAAGUUUGCACACCCUGACCCUUGCCCCUUCGACGUUGCGAUACAUAUUUAUAUAUUUGUAUAUUAAUCAGGAAACUGUCCAAAGUGCACAGCGGCUUACGUAAAAAUCACUUUUUAUUAACCCGCGAACAGGAAGCAAUUUCACAUUUUAUAAUUUUUUUUUUUUUCUUUUUUCUUUCUUCCACCCACAUCCAUGAAGGAGAUGCAGCGCUUUACACUCGGCUGUCCGUGAGCGGGGGUUUAUACAGAGAGAAAGAGAACCGUUUCAGGUUUUAGCGAGACAGAGUAAGAGACGUUUAAGAGAUUAUUUUAUAUGUAUAUUAUUUGCGUUCGGUUCCAAUUAUCCAACACUGUUAUUGAUUGUAUUUCGACUUUGCUGCAUAACGAGACAAUAAAGGCCCACUUCAA